AUGGAGUGGUUCUCCUCUGCCUUCCUCCAUGCGCUGUCUCCUCACCUGGCGGAUUUCACAAAGGAGGAGAUGGCCAGCAUUUGGGAUAGCGUGUCGGAGUGCUAUCGCCAAAAGCUGCUGCUGAACAAGGCUGUCAGGCUAAUGGGCAUGGCCACCGUCUACAUCAGGGAGGAGGACUUUUGUCAUGGGAACAAGGCGAGUGUCAAGGUCCAGAAACCCAUGUUCCACCUGGACAAGCCAGUUCUGCUGGAGAAGAAGCUCUGCUACGAGACCAGAUCACGGCCCGAGGACUCAGAAGUUGCAGAGCUGAUCUACGCCGAGGUCGCCUUCUACCUCUCCAUCCCCAAGAAAAAGGUCUUGAAGUGCGUCAAGGCUACCACAAAUGUCAUCGCGUGGGCCUUGACCGAAGGCAAGGACUUUGACUUUGUCUUCAAGAACUUUGGCAUCCUGGUGUGCCGGGGAAGGAGAGUGGUCAUGCGGUUCUUCGAAGACCUGCUGCGAGACGUGGACAAGACCGGCAUCCUGGCAAACACUGCCCUGCGAAAGUCAAGCCUGAGGCCCUUGGUCAUAGCCCGCAAUGAGACAGCUGUUUUCCAGAUGCCUCCUGGGGGGAUCUUUGUGUUCCCACAGUGAGUAUGUUUGCUUCUGUCGCCCC